AUGUGCAUUGUCAAUAGUUCCCAAAAAAUUAAUGUCUUUAGUAACAAACCGCAUCAACGUUUAGCCAGCGAAAGUCAAGUUCUGCUUUUCGAGAAUAAGUGGAUUGAAUUUACGAGAGAUGUAAAGAAGUUGGAGAAGGGAAAAUUGGAGAAGAGGCAAGCUGCAGCAAAACUGCUCCUUAAUCUUUCGAGCAGUAAUACUCCUCUUGGCCAUUUCCCUGAACUUCGUUAUGUAGAAAAUGAUAUAAGGCAGUACUCAAUACAUCCGUACUGGCCAAAGGAAAUGGCUCAUUAUUACCCAUUAAAUCGACGUCAUGCACAUCAUAUUGAAAGCAUAGUGUGUUACGACUGGUUAGGUCACUUAAGCUCAGUAUUUGGUUCCCAUACUCCGUUUGAGGGACGAAGUGUUAGAGAAUGUUCAGAUGUGGAAUUGGGGCACUCAUAA